GGUAGUUUGUGAGGUGGUUUAGUUAGGGGAAUAUUACCAGAAAACCCGUAAACCCCCAACAAAUCUCCUAAAAAGGACUAUUUUGCCUCCUUCAAGUCAUCGGGGUGACCAUGGCGCACGCCGGGACUCUCCGCGCGUCCCUGCUGCUGAUUUUACUGCAGUUAGUCCUCAUCAUCUCCGCACAGAGGGGGCCAGUUGGUCCGAGAGGGCUGCCUGGACCUCCAGGGCUUCCUGGAUUUCCUGGUGUAGAUGGCAUUGAUGGUGAAAGAGGACCUGGCCCUGGCCCAGUUGGUCCCCCAGGCCUUAAUGGAGACAAUGGCAGAAAUGGAUUAAAUGGCCUUCCCGGAAAACCUGGAGCAGACGGUUUGACUGGGCCUCGUGGUGUUCCUGGCCCUGUUGGCCCUGCUGGACAGAAAGGUGAACCUGGUGAGCCGGGACUGAGAGGAGCCGCUGGUGUUGGAGAGGAUGGUGAAGCUGGUGCUGAUGGAGAAGAUGGAUUACCUGGUGAGAUGGGAAAAGUUGGACCUCCAGGAAGCAGAGGACUGAGAGGUCCUGUUGGUGAUCAAGGACUGCCAGGACCCAGAGGCCCUCCUGGAGUCUGGGAUGGUAAGGAGCUGUGUCCAAAUUCCUGCACUUCUGGCCUGCAUGGAUACACAGGUCUUCCAGGCAUGAAGGGCCACAAAGGUGUCAAAGGUGAAUCAGGAGAACCAGGAAGGCAAGGACAUAAGGGGGAAGAAGGAGACCAGGGACGAAAUGGAGAACAGGGAACACAAGGACUACCUGGUAAACAGGGUCUCAGAGGAAUCACAGGAUUGAUGGGCCCUAAAGGGGACAGGGGAUCUCGUGGGAAUGUAGGAGACCUGGGACCUCAGGGUAUUCAAGGUGCUCCUGGUGAUCAGGGCCAAAGAGGAAAAUAUGGCGAGACUGGACCAAAAGGGUCUCAGGGACCUCAAGGGUUGCAAGGACUUUCGGGUUUACCUGGACCAAAAGGAGACGCUGGUUUGCCUGCAGUUGAUGCUCGUGAUGGUAUUCCUGGGCUGCCUGGAGUGAAGGGCCUUCCUGGAAAAGUUGGCUCUCCUGGGGAUGCUGGACUUCAGGGAUUCCCGGGUCUGCCUGGCAUUUCAGGAGCAAAAGGCCACAUGGGUCUAAAAGGAAGUACUGGUGAUCCAGGUGUAGCAGGUCCAAUUGGAAAUAACGGAAAAACAGGUGAACGUGGUGAGCAGGGGGAGGUGGGACCAAUCGGACCAAGAGGUGGGCCAGGUGAAAGAGGAGUAAGAGGUCCUGAUGGGCCUGCAGGCCUGCCAGGUGCACGGGGAUCUAAAGGAGAUCCCGGCCUUCCUGGUCUUCCAGGGCCUGCCGGAUUCAUUGGACAAAAAGGCGACAGGGGUGCUGUUGGUUUUACUGGUCCUAAAGGAGAGCAAGGACCAUCUGGUGAAGAAGGAGCACCAGGAGACCAAGGAGAUGUUGGUGAUGAAGGAGAGCCAGGCGAGAAAGGAUCGACAGGAAAACAAGGAAAUCCAGGCAAUAAAGGACCAGAGGGUGCACGGGGCCAAUCUGGACCCGACGGCCCGGUAGGAGUGCCGGGUCCAAGAGGCAUGCAAGGUGACCCAGGGGUCCCUGGAUUGCCUGGAGCACAAGGAAAACCAGGCCGAGCACCAACAGAUGAACAUAUCAAGCAGGUCUGCAGAAGGGUUUUGCACGGACAACUUGCCCAGCUGGCAGCCAGUCUGACAAGGCCUGAGUCGGGCAUUGCUGGGUUGCCAGGUCCUCCCGGUCCUCCUGGCCCUCCAGGGUCAUCUGGAGAAAAUGGCUUCCCUGGGCAUCCCGGAAGCAGAGGGCUGCCAGGCCUCAAAGGACCACCUGGGCUCUUGGGGAGGAAAGGUCCUAAAGGUGACCAGGGUGACAGAGGCGACAGAGGGCCCACAGCGGUGGGGCCUAAGGGUAUACCUGGACCACCAGGACUCCCAGGUGAGCCUGGUAAACCUGCGUAUGGCAGUACUGGACGAGACGGCCUGAGAGGGCCUGUAGGUGUUCCUGGAAUGCCAGGUGUGCCGGGGCCACCUGGCCCCCCUGGCGUUAACGGAUACUGUGAAUCAUCUCAGUGUGUUCUUCAAGCAGUCGCAGGCCCAAUGUCACUCAAAGAGUCCAACAUGAAGGGACCAGACGCUCUAUGAGUUGACAGCCAUCAGCGAGCCUCACAUCAGAGCUCAGACCCUCUGGACAGGAAAACUUGAGAGACUAAUGGAGUGACUCCCUCUACAAGGACAUUUCUGCAUUAAUGGUAGAUGCAGAACUUCAGUUCAUCUUCCCAGUCUCAUUCAGCCUCCUUUCACAAAGAGAAAAAUGAUUUGCUGUUUGAUUUUGGAAGAACUUUUGUAUAGCUUCAAUAUUUCUAUUAAACCUAAAUUGCCCCAUGAGUAAUCAAAAUAUAGCUUGUAAGGAAUACACGCUCAAUGUCAUUUGAAUUCUUUAAAUCCAUUCAAUCACAACCUGGCUGCUUUACACAUUAAAGACUGUUAAAAGGGCUUUGGCUGUUUAAAUCAGAGGGAGUCCUAUCCAGUGUAAAUUUGUCAAUAUUGCAGUUAAAAAAAAAACUCUCAGAUGUAGUGAAAAUGUUUGUGGUUCUUUGCAGUGGGGUGUGUCUUAAAUGAAUAUCUAGGAAUUUUCUAUAUUCUUUAUUUAUUGUAGAAAGGAUUGAUGUGACACCAACGGUUGUGAAAAGGGAGAAAAAUAAAAGAAUUUUGAUAAAGUGCUGCAUGUUUUUAAUUAAAGAAAGACUAUAAUAGUAAUCAGGCUUCAGCGAGACGACAUUCUUUCAGUGUAUCUUUAUUGUACUUCCAAAUUGGCGAACUUGUAGCAACUUGUCUCUCCCUAUACUAAAACACAUCCAUUGAUAUAAAUAGGUGAUUUAACAGUACACAUAUUCAAAUACCAUACAUAAAUCAAGUAUUGAAAUAUUAAGUUACGCACAUCAAAUAAAAAGGCAUAAAAAUACCGCAGACAUUGAGGUCCAGUUAAGCCAAAACACAAACAUCACACUAUUGACAUGGCAGUAAUAGGUAAACAAAGUUUGGAUAAACAACGAAAACUAGUACUCCAACCUUCAAUAUAUUUGUAUAAAGACAUAUCUUGUUCCUUAAUUUUUUUAAAUCUCUUCCUAUUUUCUUUCUGACAUCAAGAACCCUCUCCAAAUGCCAUUAAGAACUCCUCCACCAGACGGUGUCUUUCUGCUGUAAUAAGGCAUUUAUUUUAGAUCUUUUUGGAGGCAGGCAUUUAUUUUACAAAUAAACAAAUCAUCAAUAACAAAAAAGAAAUGCAUUAAAUGUAAAUAUUUAAACCAUUUAGACAAAGCAUACUACACGUUUGGCAGAGGUGGGAUUUGACCAUGUUCACCAACCAACUUCCUCGCAAAACACUAAGCUCAUGUUCAUCAAACAAGCACUUCACCUUGCUGACAGAGGUUCUCCACAGGAAAUACAGAAAUGAAGAGGAGGGAA